AUGUCAUCUGAUGUAACCGCCUUCCACGCAGCGCUGCGCUCGUCCACGCGCCUCCUCGCGCUCUGCGGCGCCGGCCUGUCCGCGUCGUCCGGCCUCCCCACCUUUCGGGGCGCCGGUGGCCUCUGGCGCAACUACGAGGCCACGAGCCUGGCCACCAUGCGCGCCUUCAACACGGACCCGGGCCUCGUCUGGCUCUUCUACGCGUACAGACGGCACUUGGCGCUGCGAGCAGAGCCCAAUGCGGGCCACUUUGCGAUGGCGGAGCUGGCCAGGACGAAGCAGGAUGAAUUCAUGUGCCUGACACAGAACGUGGACAACCUAUCACAACGAGCCAACCACCCGCUGGAUCAAUUACUACUGUUGCACGGCUCCCUGUUUGACAUCAAGUGCUCCAACGCAUCAUGCAGCUUCACCCAGAAAGACAACGUGGACGACCCCUUGUGUGAGGCAUUGGCGCCUGCCGCUCGAGACUUUCCUCCCGGUGAGCCAAAUCCGCUGCUGGACCCGUACCACCGCAUCAAGCACGUGUCGGAGGAGGAGCUGCCCAAAUGUCCCUUGUGUAAGACGGGGCUACAGCGUCCGGCGGUAGUGUGGUUUGGCGAGGAUCUCGAUUUUCGGACUCUGUCCAAGGCGGAAAAGUUCCUCAAAGACGGAGUGGACAUGAUCUUAGUCGUGGGUACAUCAGCACAGGUCUAUCCCGCUGCAGGUUUCAUCUCCAAAGCCAGACGACGAGGGGCACGCGUGGUGGUUGUCGACCCCAAAGCGCGAGAACACAACGAGACGUAUGGCUUGCAGGAGGGCGACUUUGCGUUCGCGGGGGAUGCUGCUACGGUUCUGCCGGAAUUGCUGGCGCCGUUGAUAGGGAAGAUGAAGGAAGAUGGGACGUUUGAGAGGUAG